AUGGACGAUUUUAUUUCAAUCAGCGCUGGCCGCAAUGUCGACCUUCCAGAGCCACAGACUAUCAACGGCACUGCGGCAAACUUCCUCCCCGUGCGUGUCAACAUUGGUCCCCAAGAGCUACUCUCAUCCUUCCUUGGCCGCGUGCAAGAUGACUUCUGGGCCAUGACAGAUCACGGCGAUGUUGGCCUAGACGACAUCUAUAGGGCCGCUAGUCUAGAUCGACAGCAGGUCGGCAACCGCGCUCUAUUCAUCUUCCAACCGUUUGAACCAGCACCGAAGGAUGACCCCAACGUCGAUUACAGAUGGUUGAUCAUGGCCAAGUGCAAGGUCCGAAUGCCUUCACCCUAUGCACUGGUAGUAGAGGUGCACAAGGCUCCAAACAAUACGCAUAGUCUGAAGAUAUCAUAUGACCAGGCCAUUAUAGACCCCGACAAGGCAGGGAAGAUUGCAGAUGAGAUAACAGAAAUUGUUGAUAAGAUGAUGGAUUUAAGUACGAGUUUAGUUAUGAAGAGGGUUAUAGAUAUUUAA